UGUAUUAGUACGCUUUGCCGAAAUUCUCCGCGGUGGUUGCAGAAAAAUCGCAAUUAAGACCGAUUUCUAAUUAUUCUAAUUGCCAAAAGUAAUUAUAUGUACUUGUCCAAGUGGUUAGCAACGAAGUCUACACAAAUGUAAAAAGAGAUGAGAGACUGAGUGUGACAAUUUACCAGUUCACCCAGCUGAAAAUCAUCAGCACACAGGAGGACCGAUCACCGAAUUUUGUCAAAAACACGGACACGAAAAAUUGAACUCCGAGGUCAAAAUGAGUACAAAUAAACGAAAAGGACGGGGAUCAAUGGGGUCUAGGACUGGGCGAACGAGGCCUGUAUUUGACAAAUCUGUCUUGACUGAAGGCGUUUAUGCGAAUGCAAGAUGGACACAUGCCUUUACAUCACUGAUAGGUAGUGUUGUACAAGUACAAGUAAAGAAUAGUAGCAUUUAUGAAGGAGUACUUAGAACGUUUUCUCCAAAGAUGGAGAUAGUGCUUGAAAUGGCCCAUAAAUGUGAUGAAGGCCAGUCCAUCGGACCCACAAAAGAUCGACUACUAGAAAAAAUCAUAUUCUCACACACAGAUGUAGUCACAAUUACAACUCUGAAUGUUGAUUUGGACUAUGCUAAUCGAGAUAACUUCACAGAUAGCGGAAUUAGUAAGUUCAAUGGUCAAGUGACUGCCAAAGAGCUCCAGCCAUGGGAGUGUGAUCAUGAUAUGGAUGAGGUUGGAGGAUUAGAAUCAAUGACGAUGGAUAGUUCGUCUCCAAAUGGGUGGGACCCACAAGAUAUGUUCCGAACAAAUGCUGAACAAUUCAAUGUGAAGUCAACGUAUGACUCGUCACUGCGCGAUUACACGACGGUACUAGAACAUAAAGACUCUCCUGAAUUCAAAGAGAAGGAGGCAAAAGCUCAGAAACUCGCCAAUGAAAUCGAACAGAAUGAACAAUAUAAAGCUAGAAUUGAAUUGGAAAAUAAUGAUGAAGAUGAGAAAAUUAGUGCUGUAGUUCGGCCUGAUGGUGGUAGUGCUUCACCUUCAUCGUCGUCGGGGAAGUAUGUCCCCCCACAAAUGAGGAAGAAUACUCAACAGAAUCGUGUGACGCGCGUGCCGGGUUCACAACUUGCGCAGUCGCCCCCUGUCAAGCAAGACAUCUCGCCGGAGGAGGAGAAGAAUAGAAAGAAUAUCUCAACUAAUUUAGAGGAUGUGCGGGUGACUAAGCCCAUGCAACAGGUAGAAACAGCUGCUCCCGAUUCAACCACUUCACGUGACUCUUCACCUGCUGUCCUAGUAGAAACUAAAACAGACAAUGGAAUUAACCCCUCACCUGCUGGCUCGCCAGAUGUCAAACAGGCACCAGAGUCAAAGAAAAGCCCCGUCUCACAGAAAAUACAAAAUGAUGAACAAUUAGCAGAACUAAAGGCAUUUAGCAAAAACUUCAAAUUAGAGAAUGAGAAGGUGGAGAAGAAGGAAGAUGACGCGAGGAAAGAAUCGAUGGAAGAACGAAGCGAAGAAAUGAAAGAAGAUGAUAAGACUAUUUCGAGGACUUCUACACUAAAUCCUCUGGCGAAAGAAUUUGUUUUUAACCCAAAAGCUCCUAUGUUUAUACCAAAACAACAGCAACAGCCAAUACCGAUCACUACACCACCUCGGCCUCAGACGCAAAGUCCUGUUGUGCAGCAUCCUCAGCAACAAGCUAUUACUCCAAUGCAUGGACAGGUGUUUCAUACAUCGCACUACAUGAUGCCAGGGCAGAUGGUAUCGAUGCCGCAAACACACAUCCCUACUGCUCAGCCUCAGCAACCCCCACAGAGAGGAGCAAAACGUGCUGUUGUAUCUGUACACCAACAGGAAUUCAGUCCCUCAACGGCUCAGGCAGUCAGUGCUACUGGCGCGCCAAUCUUGGCUCAGCCCCCUCCUAUACAUAAUCAAGCACCGCAGGGCUAUCAUAUGCCAUAUAUGACCCCGAUGGUUGGUCAGCACGGGGCUGGCACUCCUGUCGGCCCGGCACAUAUGAGUUACCCUCAGGUAAAGCAGGUGAUGCAGCUCCAAUCAGGCAAUCCACGACUAAUGAACCCACAGAAUGCGACCAUACCAUCUCAUCCAGCUCAGGGAAUGAACAACCCAGCAAUGCAACAACAAUCGGCCACUGCUGUCCUUGUUCCCGGAACGAUGCAUGGACAAGUGCCUCCGGGGCACCAACCUCCACAACAGGGCGGUCCCCAGCAACAGCCUCAUCAUCACCCUGUACCACACUACCAGCCGCAACACCAUCAUUCACGUGCCACACCACCCCAGUCCCAGCCUAGUCAUCCUGCACCAAGCCCAGCACACCAGCCAAACGCACCUCCGCCACCCCAGCAUCCGCCGCAUCAAGGACAUCCUCCGUCGUCAACGCCCACUCAGAUGAUGUACACUCACAGUCAGCAUAUAGCACCGUAUCCCCUGCAGCAGAGUCCUCACACACCGACGUCCCCGCAGACGAUGCAGGCAAAUAUGCCCUACUCGUACGCACAUCAGAUGCCCAAUCAUGGUGGACAACCAAUGACGUUGGCGCAUAUACCACAGACGUCUGUUAGUUUUUCAACGCAGCAUACACAUUCGCCGCAGACCCACCAGACACCUAGUAUGAUCAUGGUGGCGGGACCGCCUCACCAUCCUGGAGCACAAGCUGCUGUUCAACAUGGCCAUCAGCAGAUGCAACAUCAUCCACAGAUGCAAGGACCCCCUGUUCAUCCUGAGCGCCAUCGUUUCCCAUCAGUGCCAGCAGGACAUGCCGGUGCUAUGCACCAAGCACCUCAUGGUGCUCCGAUGGGCCACCCCCAGCAGACAGCGAUGGGAAUGGUGCCUGUCUCGCAAGCACCACCUCAGAUGCACCAUCACCAGGUGCACCCUCAUCCUCAUCCUCAUCCUUAUCAUACACAUCCACAGAGUAAGUACCAAAUAAUGCACACGCAAAAUCAUCCGCCAGUUCAAGCCUUCCAACCCAACCCUUAAGCAGAUAGUUUCUGAGUAGUGAGCAUCGGAAGUUUGCUGUUCCUCUCUUCAUGGAGUUUUUUCAUCUCUCCUUGCACUGACAUUUUAAAACAGCCUGGACUACAAUGUGUGUUCAACAGACUCUCGGGCUGAACACGGCCAACUAAACUAUUAUAUUAGUGAUUUCAAUGAUGAUCGAUUUUAAGUGUGAACCAUGCUGAAUGCAUGCAGAAGUGUUGGGAUUUUAGUUUGUAUGAUGCGCUUGUUAUUAAAUAGAGACUACAGAUUUAUACAGGAUGGAUUCUGUGGAGAGAUUCAUCAAGAUGAGGUCUGCGGAUCUGGGGAGUGAGACGGGGCAGGAAGGA